CGCAGGGUGGUUGAUCUGCGGCCAACCAAGGUUGCGCCCCACCCUCCGUUGAGGGUCAACUGACUCGCUGUCCACAUCCGACACCGGCCUCACGCCUCCGGUGUCAUUGUACGACUCGUCGACCCCCAAUCCCGUAAAACCAGCAAGGAAAUCGAAGGACCAUGUCCCAAAAUGGCGGCGAUGCACCCAAAGUGUCGUCGCCAAGCCGCCCGCGGCAUCAAAUAACGCGGUCCAUCUCCGAGAUCUCGUCGCCCAUCCGCCUGCAUCGCCACCAUUCGUAUCGCGUGAACAGGGAGCCCGAGCGAGACGCGCGCACUCCCGCCCCGCAGUCGGCGAUCCCGGCCGUGCAAGCCAGGCGCUCGUUUGAGUGGUCGCGGUCCGAAGGGGUGACGCCCAACCUCACGCCGAACGCCAGCCGACGGACCAGCAUCUUCUAUGCCUCGGCCGACGAAGUGAUGCCGCCGGCGGUCAGGCCCCCGAAAGACAGUAGAGUUGCCUCGGGAAAUGGGCUGGCCAAGGACCAGCAGAGAGCUGUGGCGCGGGUGAGUGGCCUGCAGCGAUCGCUCGCCGAACUUGAGUCCUUUACGAGUUCGACAACGAAGCAGCUCGACGACACAUAUUACUCGUUGCUGGAAAAGCUCGGCGCACUGCGGAGUACAGUUGCGGCCCUCAAGGAGCUCGCCGACCGCUCACGUCAGCUGAGCGGCAGCUUCAGCGCCGAGGCCGAAGAGUUGGAUGCAGACAUCCGCUCGCAGCUCGACGCGUUCGGCCAGUUCGAAGACCAGCAGAAGCGCAUCGAAUCGCUACAAGGCCGCAUCCAUGCGGGGCGGAAGCGGAUCCGGUCGCUGAGCGAACGGGUCGACGCCGUGAGCGAGCGGAUCGAGAGCUGGGAGCGCGCCGACCGGGAGUGGCAGGAGAAGACCAGGAAGCGGCUCAUGGCCCUCUGGAUCGUCACCUCGGUCGUCGUCUUCCUCGUGCUCGCGCUGUUCGUCGGCUCCCAGCAUACGUCCGAGGGGCUGGAGGAGGCGACUACGCGGAUUGCAAGCGACGGCUUGAAUACGCUGGAGGUUGUGGCCGGGGCGAAGGCGGACUUGCUCUGGAACUCGAGGGCCACGGAGUCCGAGGGAACCAGCAGUCUACUCAACGUCACAGAACCGCCAGGGACAUCAUCAUCUCAUACGACCGACAUGCUGACGGUGUUCGAUGAACUGUGAGACUCAUUGUGACGGCGGAUUUUUUCAUGACCCGGCGCCGGAUCGUCUGUUCCUUUGUCACAACCUGAUACCCUAAUAAUACCAAGGAGUCUGCUAUCUUAAUCCUUCAAGAAGUGUGCACGAGUCCUGCUCAAGGGGCUCUGUGUUUAGUUCCAACUCAAAGGGUGUUUCGGGACCAGAUCUAUCGGCUCGCACUUGUGUUGAUCUCCACGCCCAGCCGAGAUGGUCUCUCAGCGAGGACGGUCCCCCACUUCUGAG